CUCGAGAAGAUAAGUCUGACUGAGAAAAAGAGCGAAUAUGCCGACAUUCGGAAGCAGGCUGAAUUCCUACACAUGCCAGUCAGCAAAUAUCACAAAGAAGAGUUGGUGAAAGAAGAGCAAGAGGUCAUGGACCAGCUUUAUCGCGGCUGGUUGCGCUACUGGAAUAAGGAGUCGCGCGAAGACUACCACAACGGAAUGGUUGGCGCUCGGCGAUUCUAUGAUUUUGAUGACAUGCUCAGCUACGAUAUGUUUGGCAACACCGUCCGUGGCAGCUUCAAAGAGCACUUUGACUCCAUCUUCCCGUACUGGAACGACGGCAACAUGGAGUUCAAGGAUAUCGAGAUCACUGCUCUGUCUAAGGAAUAU